AUGUCCCGUGGGGUGAUAUUUCAUGAAAGAAGAAAUGUCACUGCUUCGUCCACCUCCUCAAGCAUGGGGCGUCCCCCUUCUCCCCAUUCUCCCGCUUUCCAUCACCCCGCCCCAUUCUCCCGCUUUCCAUCACCCCGCCCCAUUCUCCCUCUUCCCAUUACCCGCCCCAUUCUCCCGCUUUCCAUCAUCCCGCCCCAUUCUCCCGCUUUCCACCACCCCGCCCCAUUCUCCCGAUUUCCAUCACCCCGCCCCUCUCCCGCUUUCCAUCACUCCGCCCCAUUCUCCCGGUUUUCAUCACCCCGCCCAAUUAUCCUUCUUUCCAUCACCCCGCCCCAUUCUCCCUCUUUCCAUCACCCCGCUCCAUUCUCCCGCUUUCCAUCACCCCGCCCAAUUAUCCUUCUUUCCAUCACCCCGCCCCAUUCUCCCUCUUUCCAUCACCACGCCCCAUUCUCCCGCUUUCCAUCACCCGCCCCAUUUUCCCGAUUUCCAUCACCCCGCCCAAUUCUCCCGCUUUCCAUCACCCCGCCCCAUUCUCCCGCUUUCCAUCACCCCGCCCCAUUCUCCCGCUUUCCAUCACCCCGCCCCAUUCUCCCGCUUUCCAUCACCCCGCCCCAUUCUCCCGCUUUCCAUCACCCAGCCCCAUUCUCCCGCUUUCCAUCACCCCUCCCCAUUCUCCCGCUUUCCAUCACCCCGCCCCAUUCUCCCUCUUUCCAUCACCCCGCCCUAUUCUCCCGCAUUCCUUCACCCCGCCCCAUUUUCCCUCGUUCCAUCACCCCGCUCCAUUCUCCCGCUUUCCAUCACCCCGCCCAGUUCUCCCUCUUUCCAUCACCCCUCUCCAUUGUCCCUCUUUCCAUCACCCCACCCCAUUCUCCCGCUUUCCAUCACCCCGCCCCAUUCUCCCUCUUUCCACCACCCCGCCCCAUUCUCCCUCUUUCCAUCACCCCGCCCCAUUCUCCCGCUUUCCAUCACCCCGCCCCAUUCUCCCUCUUUCCAUCACCCGGCCCAAUUCUCCCUCUUUCCAUCACCCCUCCUCAUUCUCCCUCUUUCCAUCACCCCGCCCCAUUUUCCCGCUUUCCACCACCCCGCUCUAUUCUCCCGCUUUCCAUCACCCCGCCCAAUUCUCCCGCUUUCCAUCACCACACCCCAUUUUCCCUCUUUCCAUCACCCCGCCCCAUUCUCCCGCUUUCCAUCACCCCGCCCCAUUCUCCCGCUUUCCAUCACCCCGCUCCAUUCUCCCGCUUUCCAUCACCUCCCCCAAUUCUCCCUCUUUCCAUCACCCUGCCCCAUUCUCCCGCUUUCCAUCACCCCGCCCCAUUCUCCCUCUUUCCAUCACCCCGCCCCAUACUCCCUCUUUCCAUCACCCCGCCCCAUUUUCCCGCUUUCCAUCACCCCGCCCCAUUCUCCCGCUUUCCAUCACCCCGCCCCAUUCUCCCGCUUUCCAUCACCCCGCUCCAUUCUCCCGCUUUCCAUCACCCCGCCCAAUUUCCCCUCUUUCCAUCACCCCUCCCCAUUCUCCCUCUUUCCAUCAACCCGCCCCAUUCUCCCGCUUUCCAUCACCCCGCCCCAUUCUCCCUCUUUCCAUCACCCCGCCCCAUUCUCUCGCUUUCCAUCACCCCGCCCCAUUCACCCUCUUUCCAUCACCCCGCCCCAUUCUCCCGCUUUCCAUCACCUGCCCCAUUCUCCCGCUUUCCAUCAUCCCGCCCCAUUCUCCCUCUAUCCAUCACCCCGCCCCAUUCUCCCGCCUUCCAUCACCCCGCCCCAUUCUCCCGCUUUCCAUCACCCCGCCCCAUUCUCCCGCUUUCCAUCACCCCACCCCAUUCUCUCGAUUUGCAUCACCCCGCCCCAUUCUCCCGCCUUCCAUCACCCCGCCCCAUUCUCCCUCUUUCCAUCACCCCUCCCCAUUCUCCCUCUUUCCAUCAAACCGCCCCAUUCUCCCGCUUUCCAUCACCCUGGCCCAUUCUCCCUCUUUCCAUCACCCCGCCCCAUUCUCUCGCUUUCCAUCACCCCGCCCCAUUCUCCCUCUUUCCAUCACCCCGCCCCAUUCUCCCGCUUUCCAUCACCCGCCCCAUUCUCCCGCUUUCCAUCACCCCGCCCCAUUCUCCCUCUUUCCAUCACCCCGCUCCAUUCUCCCGCCUUCCAUCACCCCGCCCCAUUCUCCCGCUUUCCAUCACCCCGCCCCAUUCUCCCGCUUUCCAUCACCCCACCCCAUUCUCCCGAUUUGCAUCACCCCGCCCCAUUCUCCCGCCUACCAUCACCCCGCCCCAUUCUCCCUCUUUCCAUCACCCCGCCCUAUUCUCCCGCUUUCCAUCACCCCGCCGCAUUCUCCCUCUUUCCAUCAACCCGCCCCAUUCUCCCGCUUUCCAUCACACCACCUCAUUCUCCCGCUUUCCAUCACCUCGCCCUAUUUUCUCUCUUUCCAUCACCCCGCUCCAUUCUCCCGCCUUCCAUCACCCCGCCCCAUUCUCCCGCUUUCCAUCACCCCGCCCCAUUCUCCUGCUUUCCAUCACCCCACCCCAUUCUCCCGAUUUGCAUCACCCCGCCCCAUUCUCCCGCUUUCCAUCACCCCGCUCUAUUCUCCCGCUUUCCAUCAACCCGCCCAAUUCUCCCUCUUUCCAUCACCCCUCCACAUUCUCCCACUUUCCAUCACCCUGCCCCAUUCUCCCGCUUUCCAUCACCCCGCGCCAUUCUCCCGCUUUCCAUCACCCCGCCCCAUUCUCCCGCUUUCCAUCACCCCGCCCCAUUCUCUCUCUUUCCAUCACCUUGCCCCAUUGUCCUGCUUUCCAUCACCCCUCCCCAUUCUCGCGCUGUCCAUCACCCCGCCCCAUUCUCCCGCUUUCCAUCACCCCGCCCCAUUCUCCCGCUUUCCAUCACCCUGCCCAUUCUCCCUCUUUCCAUCACCCCGCCCCAUUCUCCCUCUUUCCAUCACUCCGCCCCAUUCUCCCUCUAUCCAUCACCCCGGCCAAUUCUCCCGCUUUCCAUCACCCCGUCCUAUUCUCCCGCUUUCCAUCACCCGCCCCAUUCUCCCGCUUUCCAUCACCCUGCCCCAUUCUCCCGCUUACCACCACCCCGCGCCAUUCUCCCGCUUUCCAUCACCCCGCCCCAUUCUCCCUCUUUCCAUCACCCCGCCCCAUUCUCCCGCUUUCCAUCACCCCGCCCCAUUCUCCCUCUUUCCAUCACCCCGCCCCAUUCUCCCGCUUUCCACCACCCCGCCCCAUUCUUCUGCUUUCCACCACCCCGCCCCAUUCUCCCGCUUUCCAUCACCCCGCCCCAUUCUCCCGCUUUCCAUCACUUCGCCCAAUUCUCUCGAUUUCCAUCACCCCGCCCCAUUCUCCCGCUUUCUAUCACCCGGCCCCAUUCUCCCGCUUUCCAUCACCCCGCCCCAUUCUCCCGCUUUCCAUCACCCCGCCCCAUUCUCCCUCUUCCCAUUACCCGCCCCAUUCUCCCGCUUUCCAUCAUCCUGCCCCAUUCUCCCGCUUUCCACCACCCCGCCCCAUUCUCCCGAUUUCCAUCACCCCGCCCCAUUCUCCCGCUUUCCAUCACUCCGCCCCAUUCUCCCGGUUUCCAUCACCCCACUCCAUUCUCGUGCUUUCCAUCACCCGGCCCAAUUAUUUCUCUUUCCAUCACCCCUCCCCAUUCUCCCUCUUUCCAUCACCCCGCCCCAUUCUCCCGCUUUCCAUCACCCCGCCCCAUUCUCCCUCUUUCCAUCAUCCCGUCCCAUUCUCCCGCUUUCCAUCACCCCGCCUCAUUCUCCCUCUUUCCAUCACCCCGCCUCAUUCUCCCGCUUUCCAUCACCCCGCCCCAUUCUCCCGCUUUCCAUCACCCCACCCCAUUCUCUCGAUUUGCAUCACCCCGCCCCAUUCUCCCGCCUUCCAUCACCCCGCCCCAUUCUCCCUCUUUCCAUCACCUCGCCCCAUUCUCCCGCUUUCCAUCACCCCACCCCAUUCUCCCUCUUUCUAUCACCCCGCCCCAUUCUCCCGCUUUCCAUCACCCCGCCCGCUUUCCAUCACCCCGCUCCAUUCUCCCGCUUUCCAUCACCCCGCCCAAUUCUCCCUCCUUCCAUCACCCCUCCCCAUUCUCCCUCUUUCCAUCAAACCGCCCCAUUCUCCCGCUUUCCAUCACCCUGGCCCAUUCUCCCUCUUUCCAUCACCCCGCCCCAUUCUCUCGCUUUCCAUCACCCCGCCCCAUUCUCCCUCUUUCCAUCACCCCGCCCCAUUCUCCCUCUUUCCAUCACCCGCCCCAUUCUCCCGCUUUCCAUCACCCCGCCCCAUUCUCCCUCUUUCCAUCAACCCGCUCCAUUCUCCCGCCUUCCAUCACCCCGCCCCAUUCUCCCGCUUUCCAUCACCCCGCCCCAUUCUCCCGCUUUCCAUCACCCCACCCCAUUCUCCCGAUUUGCAUCACCCCGCCCCAUUCUCCCGCCUACCAUCACCCCGCCCCAUUCUCCCUCUUUCCAUCACCCCGCCCUAUUCUCCCGCUUUCCAUCACCCCGCCGCAUUCUCCCUCUUUCCAUCAACCCGCCCCAUUCUCCCGCUUUCCAUCACACCACCUCAUUCUCCCGCUUUCCAUCACCUCGCCCUAUUUUCUCUCUUUCCAUCACCCCGCUCCAUUCUCCCGCCUUCCAUCACCCCGCCCCAUUCUCCCGCUUUCCAUCACCCCGCCCCAUUCUCAUGCUUUCCAUCACCCCACCCCAUUCUCCCGAUUUGCAUCACCCCGCCCCAUUCUCCCGCUUUCCAUCACCCCGCUCCAUUCUCCCGCUUUCCAUCAACCCGCCCAAUUCUCCCUCUUUCCAUCACCCCUCCACAUUCUCCCUCUUUCCAUCACCCUGCCCCAUUCUCCCGCUUUCCAUCACCCCGCGCCAUUCUCCCGCUUUCCAUCACCCCGCCCCAUUCUCCCGCUUUCCAUCACCCCGCCCCAUUCUCUCUCUUUCCAUCACCUUGCCCCAUUGUCCUGCUUUCCAUCACCCCUCCCCAUUCUCGCGCUGUCCAUCACCCCGCCCCAUUCUCCCGCUUUCCAUCACCCCGCCCCAUUCUCCCGCUUUCCAUCACCCUGCCCAUUCUCCCUCUUUCCAUCACCCCGCCCCAUUCUCCCUCUUUCCAUCACUCCGCCCCAUUCUCCCUCUAUCCAUCACCCCGGCCAAUUCUCCCGCUUUCCAUCACCCCGUCCUAUUCUCCCGCUUUCCAUCACCCGCCCCAUUCUCCCGCUUUCCAUCACCCUGCCCCAUUCUCCCGCUUACCACCACCCCGCGCCAUUCUCCCGCUUUCCAUCACCCCGCCCCAUUCUCCCUCUUUCCAUCACCCCGCCCCAUUCUCCCGCUUUCCAUCACCCCGCCCCAUUCUCCCUCUUUCCAUCACCCCGCCCCAUUCUCCCGCUUUCCACCACCCCGCCCCAUUCUUCUGCUUUCCACCACCCCGCCCCAUUCUCCCGCUUUCCAUCACCCCGCCCCAUUCUCCCGCUUUCCAUCACUUCGCCCAAUUCUCUCGAUUUCCAUCACCCCGCCCCAUUCUCCCGCUUUCUAUCACCCGGCCCCAUUCUCCCGCUUUCCAUCACCCCGCCCCAUUCUCCCGCUUUCCAUCACCCCGCCCCAUUCUCCCUCUUCCCAUUACCCGCCCCAUUCUCCCGCUUUCCAUCAUCCUGCCCCAUUCUCCCGCUUUCCACCACCCCGCCCCAUUCUCCCGAUUUCCAUCACCCCGCCCCAUUCUCCCGCUUUCCAUCACUCCGCCCCAUUCUCCCGGUUUCCAUCACCCCACUCCAUUCUCGUGCUUUCCAUCACCCGGCCCAAUUAUUUCUCUUUCCAUCACCCCUCCCCAUUCUCCCUCUUUCCAUCACCCCGCCCCAUUCUCCCGCUUUCCAUCACCCCGCCCCAUUCUCCCUCUUUCCAUCAUCCCGUCCCAUUCUCCCGCUUUCCAUCACCCCGCCUCAUUCUCCCUCUUUCCAUCACCCCGCCUCAUUCUCCCGCUUUCCAUCACCCCGCCCCAUUCUCCCUCUUUCCAUCACCCCGCUCCAUUCUCCCGCUUUCCAUCACCCUGCCCAAUUCUCCCUCUUUCCAUCACCCCUCCUCAUUCUCCCUCUUUCCAUCACCCCGCUCCAUUCUCCCGCUUUCCAUCACCCCACCAGCCAGUUGAGUUGCUCCCAGCACCCCCACCAGCGAGCCAGGCGAGUUGCUCCCAGCACCCCCACCAGCCAGUUGAGUUGCUCCCAGCACCCCCACCAGCCAGUUGA